CAGCGGAGCUUGGAAAAUCACCGAGAUCACGAAAAGUCAGCUCCGCCGUCAGCCGUCUUUCCGGAGCCUUGCAAGUCUUAUCAGACGCUCCUUCUAUCAGUGCGCUGACGACCCGAAGUGCGCUACUAGACUUCUUUGAAUGGUACGCUUUGAUCCGCGGCAUUAGAAGCAGGCGGAAACAAUAACGGUAAAUUGAGAGCUUAUCUCUGGCGGCGAGGAUCAACCGCUACUCUCUCAGUGGCUGUUUCCGUCCGUCGGCGAUCGAGAAAGUUUCUCUGGAUGCGUAUUCGCCGAGUAGAUGGUUCGCUUCCUUUAGAUUGAGCUUGAUGCAGAAGACCCGAGGAGAAAGUGUGAUGCUGGUGUAGUGCUGUCGAAUGACAGGGAUGAAAGGAGGGGGAGGAGUAGGAAGAAGAAGAAGAAGAAGAGGAGGACGAAAAUAUAUCGUUAGCGUGAUCGCUUCCCACUCGAUGAGGCGAUGAAUGAGACGAUGAAUGAGACUAGAGCGGAUUGUAUCAGCGACCCCUAGCACUGAACGUUUUCUUUUGCGCGAGAAAGAAAAUCGUUAGAAACCCUUUUGCUCCGGGACUGGAAUGCCAAAGACUCGGCCAUGCACGUGCAGAGACGCAGAUCUCCACGCGCUAGUUCCCGCUGCCGCGUGCGACGUCCAUCGUGGAGCGCCUGCUGCUGCUCUUCCUCCUCCUCCUCCUAUUCAGUCACCUCUGGAGGCGAAGAGGUCGUGCCGGUGUUUACCGUCCCUCCUCCUCCAUCGCCGAGAAACUGCGGGGGAGCUGACAGUGAACAUGCUCUCAAGUCCGGGAUAAUGACUAUUCUGGAUUACAGUGAUCGGACGGAUCGUUCCCCCAGUGAAACGUGUGAGGCGAGUGUUAGUUCUGUCGAAUGUUUAUCCGCGUCUAGUGAGCUUCUUAUCAAAACGACGCUUUAUACUCAAAUCGCCCACGAGUCGUGCACGGAAUGUGCCGCUGCUACUGUUCAAAAUGUACUCCUGCCAAUGCCAGAGCCGCCGUGGUUCGGCGCGCCCUCGCGUAACUCCUCAACAAUAACAACAACCUCCAGAGGUCAUGUCAGGUCAUGGUCUCUCCAUAAAAAUCUCUGGGCUCUGACGCUGAUGUCAGUGGCUCUCAUAGGCCUGACAAUACCUCCUGCAAGUGCCAACACUCCGCCGAGGUUCGUUCUCGACGGCCAAACGGAGAUCGUCAUUAGACUCACUGAGGGAGAUGCCACACCAGUAGGUACAAAAAUCACUACACUGAGGGGCAGCGAUCUCGAUGGCGAUGCGCUGACAUUUGGGGUCCAAGGCGUGGAAGGAAGGAACCUCCUGAGAAUAGAGCCGAAUGGAGCCACUGAGGCCAACGUGUACCUCCAGGAGCCUCUGGAUAGAGAGAUCAAGGAUGAAUACACUCUGGUCCUAACCUUGACGGACAACAAGCUCGGGGAAGGACAGUUCAUCACGCAGUCGAUGCUCCUCUUGGUGGAGGACAUCAACGACAACGCUCCGAUAUUUCGGGCGCACCCUUCGUCGGUGGCUGUUGACGAAAACUCCCCUCCCCAGAUUUUGGCAACUCUGCACGCCACUGACCAAGAUGAAGGGCCGUUCGGCCAGGUCAUUUAUCGUCUAGAUGCCGACUCUCCAGCGGAUACGGAGAAAUUCACAGUGAGCACCGUGGACGGGAAGGGGGUUCUAAGGCUGGUCGGAGACUUAGACUAUGAAAGGAAGUCUUUAUACCAACUCAAGGUAUUGGCUGUUGAUCGCGCUAUCAGCGGCCGAGUGAAUACGGGCACGGCCAAUAUUCUCGUGAGGGUUCAGGAUGUGGAGGAUCAGCCUCCCCAGUUCAUUCAAGCUCCUCCAGUCACUCGGAUACCAGAGGAUAUUCCUGUUAAUUCGGGAGUUCUUGAAGUGAAAGCAGUGGACGGGGAUCGGGGCAUCAAUAACAGAAUCACUUACUCUAUACUGGACGGGGAUCGAGGCCUCUUUGAACUGGAUCGAGACUCUGGCGUGUUGUAUGUGAAAAAGCCGUUGGACAGGGAGUCGCCUCUGUCCAACAAUGGGGCUUUUAUCAUCAAAAUUCAGGCCGAAGAGGACAGCACGGUAGUCGACCCUCCACCAAAAAUGACGACCGAAGUCACAGUUCUUCUGGAGGACGUCAACGACGAGACACCUCUCUUCAAGGCGUCUCAUUACGUCGCCGAGAUUGCGGAAGGUUCUCAGUUCAACAGCCCUGUCAACCUCAUAGGAGACGCCAUUCCCGAAGUGUACGAUCACGACCAGGGCAAUAACGGCACCUUCAGAAUGUUUUUGGAAGGCGAUGGCGGCAUGUUUGACAUCACUCCGCCAGAGGGGGUGAACUUUGCGUCUUUUCUGAUCAGGGUGAAGAACCCAGCUAUUCUGGAUUAUGAAAAGGUGAAAGUGGUGAAUUUCACCGUCGUGGCAAGGGAGACCGUGGCCGAAAACCCCAAAUCUUCGUCUGCUCUCGUGACUGUCCACGUCAGAGACACGAACGACAACUUCCCGGUUUUUUCCGAGGACCAGUACGAGGUUUCAAUCCCUGAAGAUGCAUCUGUUGGAGCGACCUUAACGUGGGUUCAGGCCAGAGACCCGGACAGUGGUAACUUCGGGACACAGGGGAUCCGGUACACGGAUCUCCGAGGUUCUUUAGCUAGCAAACUUAAUUUGAAUCCAACGCUGGGCAUCAUAACACUCAAAGAGUCUGGUGCCCUGGAUCGCGAGAGCGUUCCCGAACAUUACUUGACAGUGGAAGCGAGAGAUGAUUUGGGCAGAGGCAAUCGAAAUACGGUCGUGGUGAAGGUUAUCGUGGAAGACGUGAAUGACCACCCACCGAUCUUCCUGCAGAAGUACUACGAAGCUCGAAUCUUGGAGAACUCCUAUGCAUUUCCAGAGCCCUUUUUCAUUACAGCCAGAGACGAUGACCUGAACGGUACGAAUAACCAUGAAGUCCGAUAUUCUAUCCUGAGUGGUGACCCGAAAGAAAACUUCACGAUCAACAAUUUGUCGGGUGAACUCAAGCCUUCCGCUCCACUGGACUUCGAAGCCAUUGACCAAGAGGGAGAUAUUCGUUUCUUCAAUCUCACAGUCAAGGCUUAUGACUUGGGAGAGCGUUCGUUACACAGCGAAGUUCAAGUUUUAGUUUACGUUGCUGAUGUCAACGACCACGCGCCACAGUUUGAUCGUCAUCUGUACAGGAAGGCCAUUCCGGAAGACACGCCACCUGGGACUUCGGUGAUACAGGUUUUUGCCUGGGAUCAUGAUGGUUCCGCCAUCAACAAAAGGGUUGUUUUUCGUAUCCAACAUGGCGCCCAAGACAAAUUCGUCAUGGAAGCAGACACAGGUGUCAUUUCAGUGGCACAAGGUGCUCUCCUGGAUCCAGAUCGCACUGAGCCCAGGGCUACAACAUACAUUCUGGAAGUCAUAGCACUUGAUGGUGGAAUUGGCACAGCUCAACUCCAGUCUAGAACAGUUGUAAAUAUAACUAUCUUGGACGUGAAUAACAAGCCUCCGGUUUUCGUUGAUCCAGGCACCGUCAAAGUUUUUGAAAAUGAAGCUGUUGGACAUUAUGUUCACCGCGUAGAAGCAGUAGACCUUGAUGCCCACCCUCGGCUCCGCUAUUCUAUUGAUAUUGAGAGUUCCGAAGCGAGAAACGAAUUGGGUGCCAUUGUAAAGCCAUCAGAGUACAAUUAUGCAGAAGCCUUUGAGAUCAGUGAAGUUGAGGGUGUUAUACGAACCGUUAGCCCUUUAGAUAGAGAGAAAGUGGAGGUGAUCAGACUGGCUCUUGUAUGUGAAGACAUAGAGGCAGCAACAGGGAAACAAACAUCCACAGCCACCCUGACGGUAAUAGUAGAGGAUACAAAUGAUAAUGAUCCUCAGUUUCGCAAAUCGUUCUACAGAAGGAGCGUUGCUGAAAAUGCAAAGAAAGGAACCACUAUCGUUACUGUGGUUGCAGAUGAUGUCGACAAAAAUCGGACAAUUACUUACUUCUUGCAGGGUCCUUCCCAGAUACUUUCCCUUGUUGAUCUUGAUCAAGAGACAGGCGAGAUCGUAGUGGCUGAUCGUGUUGACAGGGAACAGUUUUCAUGGCUUAACUUUACGGUCAAAGCGACUGAUUCUGGUAUCCCUCCACGAUCCAACCAAGUUGAUGUAUUGGUUCAGGUCAUCGAUGAGAAUGACAACAACCCUGUUUUCGUCAACCCACCAUCAAACUUGACCAUAAGGGAAGAUGCUCCUCCAGGCACUUCUGUAGCAAAGGUAGAAGCUGUAGACCCAGACUUUGACGAAUAUGGUCGUGUCACAUAUCUCUUGGAUAGAAAGUCUUCAGAUGGGAAAUUUAAGAUAAAUCCAGAUACAGGUGAAAUAACAGUUGCCUCACCUCUGAAUCGGGAAGAGCUAAGUACAUUCACUCUUUUGAUCGAAGCAUGGGAUAAUUAUCACUUUGGAUAUGCUACUGGUGAAUCCAGAAAUGCCUUCAUGCAGUUGGGAGUAACAGUAGCUGAUAUCAAUGAUGAAGCACCAGUUUUUGAAGAAAGGGAAGGAUGUACCAUGAUUACAGAGUUCCAUGAAGCAAGGGAAACUGUCACAGUUGUAAGAGCUACUGAUGGUGAUGAUCCAAAUUCUCCUAAUGGUCGAAUAAGAUUUACAAUUGAAGGGGGCAAUGAGAAAGGUCUCUUUGAUCUCCGGAUGGUUGACCAGACAGCAGCCCAAAUAUUUGCUGCUAAGCCCCUUGUUGGUCAGUAUGGCAAUUAUUCUUUAAUUGUUCAGGCUCAAGACAGAGGCUUCCCACCCAAUUCUGUUUUAUCAGAGAUUGGCAUAUGUGUGUCAGACUUCAAUGACCAUGCACCUAUAUUUGUGUCGCCAUCAGCAAAUUUGACCAUAAGAGUUCCAGAGAAUGCUACUGUUGGAAGCUUAGUGAUUCAAGUAAGGGCAACAGAUGAAGAUAUUGGUAUCAAUGGAGCUGUUCGUUAUAGGAUUUUAAAGGAUGCUCUGGGAAAUUGGCAGACAUUCAAUAUUGAUGAAAUAACAGGUGCCAUACUACUUCAGAAACCACUAGACAGGGAGAGACAGAAAAUUUAUGAGAUACGAGUAGAGGCAUACGACCAGGGCGUUCCAGCACCAUUAUCAAGUGAUCUAGAUCUUACAAUUUAUGUAAGAAAUGUCAAUGAUUUUGAGCCCCAGUUUGUCCGAGAUCAAGUUACUGUCAAUUUCACAGAGCAUAAAUCACCUGGUAGUGAAAGAUUCAAGUUGAUUGACACUAUUGACCUCGAUGAUGUUGAUGAGGACAAGACUGCUCAUGUUUGCUAUUUCAUUGUUGGAGGAGAUGAAUUUUCCUCCUUCAGGCUUGACCGGAUGUCUCAUGAGCUUAUGACAAACAAGGAACUAGACCGAGAAUCUGAGGAUCAUUAUAUUCUAAUAGUUAAAGCAACUGAAGAUUGCCUUGCUACUCCUGAGCUAGUUUCCUUUUUUGACUCGAGAGAUGACACACUCCUCAAAGUUCAUGUGUUUGUCAAUGACAUCAACGACAAUGCUCCAAAGUUUACAAGAGAAGUUUUCACAGGGGGAAUAACUACAGAGUCAGACUUUGGUUUAGAAGUCAUGAAAAUUACGGCAAUUGAUCCUGAUAUUGGAGAAAAUGGUCGCAUGAGAUAUUAUAUGGACGGUAAAGUUCAAGAAACGCUGUCUGAAAAUUUGGACAAUAUUCGCAAGUCUCCAUUUCUUGUGGAUCCUGUAACUGGUAUCGUAAAAUUGAAUUUCGAUCCUCAAAAAGGAAUGAAGGGUUAUUUCGAUUUUAAGGUGUAUGUGAAUGAUACUAGUGGACAAAGUGACAGAGCUCGGGUAUUCAUUUACCUCCUACGGGAAGAUCAGCGGGUCAGGUUCAUCCUACGACAAUCACCUGAUGAGGUGCGUGAACAAGUGGAAUACUUCCGCGAUUACUUAGGAAAUGUAACAGGAGCCAUUGUAAAUGUGGAUGAUUUUCGAGUACAUGAAAAUCAUGAUGGGACUGUUGACAAAACUAAAACUGACCUCUACCUUCAUCUAGUCAACCGAGACGAUAACUCUGUGUUAGAAGUUAAAGAAGUUUUAGCGAUGAUAGAUAAAAAUGUGGAGUACCUGGAUCAUCUCUUUAAGGAACUAAAUGUGUUGGACACUCAGCGUGCAGAACUUGUAACUGCUGGAGUAGCUGAAGACAAUCUCCUCUUCCUGUGGCUAGUUGGAGUCAUUGUGUUCCUCACUCUACUGCUAGUACUCACCGUGGCACUUUGCCUCUCUCAAAGGGCGCGAUACUCAAGGCAACUGAAGGCUGCAACUGCUACUGCAUUUGGAGAAUGUUCUCAUGAUAAUGGUCUGAACAGAUCAUCAACAGUCCCAAACACAAACAUCCACAGUGUUGAGGGUAGUAAUCCUAUCUGGAUGUCUGGCUUUGAUAAUGACUGGUACAAAGAUGAGGAUUCACUUAGGUAUCAACAGUUUCAUCAGCAAAGUGAAGGUAAUGACAGCUUAGAUGACAAUGCUGUGGAUACUUCCCUUUCUCCAAGAGUUGACAGGGACAUGCCAUACAUAACGUCGGCGAAUGUUUCUAACCCAUUGUCACGGGAGUCGAGUACGGUGGGUUCUAAUGCCCAGCUGACCAAUCAUGAGCAGCGCAACAUCAGUGACACCUAUCGUGCCAAUCUUUAUCAGACAUUCCACAAAAUAGCCAAUCCUCUUGUUGACAAGAAACUAGAAACUACAGAACUUUGACAAAAAAUAUACAAAUUAAACCAAAGUUAUUGUUGAAGAAUGUUUUGGGCAGUUAUCAUCUAUAUGUAAAUGUAUAUAAAGUAAAUAAUGUUCCUGUGAGUGCUUUAUUUUUGUGUGGAGUGCCCAUUCACAUUACAUAUGCAUAUUCCAUGCAUGGAUCCAUAGAAAUUUUAGAAACUGCUGACUUCCUCUUAACAUGGAAAUGUUUAACUACUUUAUGCAGAAAUGUAACUGAUUUUGGAAUGCAGUUGUGAUUCUUUAAUCAUUUAUAUUAUGACUGUAUUGUACAGUCUUCACAUUACCUAAUUACAAAUUCCAUUUGAAAUGGUGCUGAAGUUUUGGUUAUCGCAACCAAAAUCAUUAUUUUUGAAUGUGUGACUGAUUUUGUACUCUUGUAUAUAUAUGUUUAGGAUAUGUAUGCUAUGAACAAUAUUACAAAGUUCCAUUCCUGUAAUGAAUCUAUUUUAGGAAUUUUGUUCAGUAUGGUGCAAGUUGUUCAUUGCACACAUUAAUGAUAGUGCUGUAGCUGUGUUGAAGUCAUAUGGUAUAUUGUUAUGCUCAAAUAAUUGUUCUUUGAUUACUAUAAAUAGCAUUGUUUGUAUCAGUUAAAUUGCAAUUUCCCUUUUUUCACAUAAAUGUCUUUUACAUAUUUCAAACACUAUUCAAAUUUUGUAUCCUGUUAGUCAGAGUUUAAAUCCCCAUUUUUUCACAUAAAUGUCUUUUACAUAUUUCAAAUACUAUUCAAAUUUUGUAUGCUGUUAGUCCGAGUUUAAAUCCCCAUUUCUGUUAACCAUAUCAAUACUUAAAAUUUACAUUCACUGGCUUAGGUAUUUUAAAAGCUAUGAUUAUGAUUGAGCUAUCCUGCAUUUACAAGACAAAUACAACGACUUUCUGUGUCUGCAGAUAAUUUUGUACUCUACGGUGUAAAUAGUAUCUUUAUAUAAAUGAGCAUUAUCAGUGUGAAUUAAGUCUUGUUCAGUUUCCAAUUAUGUACUGUAUAUGAUACAACGAACCUGUAAUAAGUAUGUUAUUUAAGAUAAAAAUUAUUAAAUAUAAACUUGAUUUUAUGUUCUCCCUAAUAAAUUAUUUUGCAUUCA